UUCCUCCAAGUAUUGCUGGUGACCUGCAGAUGCCUGAAAACAUCAGCACUGUGGAGAAGAAUCCCGUCUCUCUGAUUUGUGAAGCUUCAGGAAUUCCCUUGCCAUCAAUAACAUGGCUCAAGAAUGGAUGGCCUGUCACUCUGAACAACUCCGUGAGAAUCCUCUCAGGGGGCAGGAUGCUCCGUUUGGCACACGUGAGUGUAGCAGACGAAGGUCGGUAUACCUGCAUAGUGACCAAUGCUGCAGGAGAAGUGAGGAAGGAUUUUGACCUUUCUGUUCUAGUGCCUCCAGGGAUUGUGGGUGAAAAUAAAUUGGAAGAUGUGAAAGUGAAAGAGAAGCACAGAGUUACCCUAGCAUGUGAAGUGAUAGGGAACCCUGUGCCACAGAUCACCUGGAUAAAGGAUGGGCAAUCUCUAACUGAGGAUGAAGAUCACAAGUUUCUGUCCAGUGGGCGUUUCUUGCAAAUCAACAAUGCUCAAGUCACUGACACUGGGAGAUACACAUGUAUUGCGUCCAAUACAGCUGGAGAUAAGAGCAAAAGUUACAGUCUUAAUGUACUUGUGUCUCCAACCAUUGUGGGUGCAGACAGCCAUGGAAAUGCAGAAGAUGUCACUGUUAUCCUCAACAGCCCAACAUCACUGGUUUGUGAGGCUUACUCAUAUCCUCCAGCUACAAUCACCUGGCUGAAAGAUGGUAAUCCUUUAGAAUCAAACAGAAAUAUCCGCAUUUUGCCAGGUGGUCGAACCCUGCAGAUUCUAAAUGCCCAGGAGGACAACGCUGGAAGAUACACCUGUAUAGCCACAAAUGAGGCUGGAGAAACUCUGAAACACUAUGAAGUGAAAGUUUACAUUCCACCCACCAUUAACAAAGGGGAUGUCUCAGCAAUGGGUCUCUCCCCUAAAGAAGUGAAGAUCAAAGUAAACCACAGCCUCACCCUGGAGUGUGAAGCUCAUGCCAUUCCCGCUGCUGCCAUCAGCUGGUACAAGGAUGGACAGCCACUUAAACCAGAUGAUCAUGUCAUUAUCCAAGCUAGUGGCCGUACUCUGCAGAUUAAGGAGGCUCAAGUGUCAGACACUGGUCGUUACACUUGUCUGGCAUCCAACAUUGCUGGAGAGGAUGAAGUGGAAUUUGAUGUAAAUAUACAAGUCCCUCCUAGUUUCCAAAAGCCUUCUAAGGAAUGGGAAGCUGGUAACGCAGUAGAUACGGGAAGAGGUGGAGAAAGUAAAGAUGUGAUUGUCAACAAUCCCCUUUCACUGUACUGUGAGACCAAUGCUGUUCCUCCUCCAGUUCUUACAUGGUAUAAAGAUGGCCAUCCUCUGAGCUCUAGUGAUAAAGUACUAAUAUUACCAGGAGGCCGAGUGUUGCAGAUUCCACGUGCGCAGGCUGAAGAUGCCGGGAGAUACAUGUGUGUGGCGGUAAAUGAAGCUGGGGAAGAUUCCAUUCAUUACGAUGUCCGCGUGCUCUUACCACCAUCCAUCAGUGGAGCGGACGGUGAUGUGCCUGAAGAAGUGACUGUGCUUGUUAACAAGGUUGCGGUCCUGGACUGUGUGGCAAGCGGCAGCCCUUCUCCAAGUAUCACCUGGCAAAGGGACGGCCACCUCCUAGCAGAAGACGACAAACACACUUUUUUGUCCAAUGGAAGGAGGUUACAGAUUUUGAAUUCCGAGAUAACGGAUACUGGCAGGUAUGUCUGCAUUGUGGAAAACAUAGCUGGGAGUGCCAAAAAGUAUUUUAACCUAAAUGUUCAUG